UACGACUUACCUUGCGGGAAUCACGCGACCAAUUGAUUCUUCUUCUCACAAGCAGGUACUCUCUCUCUCUAUCUCUGUUUUCUCCGAUUGUCAAUUCUCGCGAGAAGGAAGCUUCCAAUUCUAGGUUUCCGUUUUGGUUCGCGCUUUAAGCCCAAUUAUGGUCGGAUUUGUACGUUUGGGUGUCACCAUGGUAGAUUCGUUUCGUUAGAAUUGUGGAGUACUCGUUUAGGAAUCGAAAGUUGGCGUUAACUCUUGUUUAUCUACCAGUUGAAAGAUGUUUUACGAUGGAUACGCUUAUCAUGGAACUACCUUUGAGCAGACUUACCGGUGUUAUCCCUCAUCCUUUAUUGAUAAGCCUCAAAUUGAAAGUGGUGACAAGAUUAUAAUGCCACCAUCAGCCCUUGAUCGUCUAGCUUCUUUGCAGAUUGAUUAUCCAAUGCUCUUUGAACUUCGUAAUGCUUCAACAGAUAGUUUUUCUCACUGCGGAGUCCUUGAGUUCAUCGCAGAAGAAGGCGUGAUUUACAUUCCCUACUGGAUGAUGCAGAAUUUGCUGUUGCAAGAAGGAGACAUGGUGAGAGUUAGAAAUGUCACUCUUCCAAAGGGAACCUACGUGAAACUGCAACCCCACACAACAGACUUUCUCGAUAUAGCUAACCCGAAAGCCAUCUUGGAGACCGCAUUGAGGAACUAUUCAUGUCUAACGGUCGGAGAUAGCAUUAUGGUCCCAUACAACAAUAAGAAAUACUUCAUAGACAUAGUGGAGGCAAAGCCUUCUAAUGGUAUUAGCAUCAUUGAAACUGAUUGCGAGGUUGAUUUCGCACCUCCCCUUGAUUACAAGGAACCCGAACGACCUGUAGCACCUGCUCCAGCCAAAGGUGAAGCAAAAGCUAAGGAGGUUGAUGUGGCUGAAGCAGAACCAAAGUUUAACCCUUUCACGGGUUCGGGAAGACGUUUGGAUGGACGACCUUUAUCCUAUGAACCGCAACCUGGUGCUGCUAACAGUAACGGCCAAUCACAUCCUGUUGCAAGUAGUAGUAGUAGUGGGUCAGAGAAGGCUACGCAACAAAAUCGAGGGAAACUUGUGUUCGGUUCAAAUGUAGAGCGGUCUACUAAAGAGACAACAAAGGUUGGAGCUGGGAAAGAUAGAAAGCAAGAGGAAGAGGCUGAGAAGGAAGCCAAGUUCCAAGCUUUUAGUGGUAAAAAAUAUUCAUUGAGGGGUUGA